UCCUUUUUCUUUGCCUUGCUAGUAUAUAUGAGGAUCUGAAUUUAAGUUGUGACCAUCUUGCGGGAUUUUAAGUUUGUUUUAACCAACGGAAAUGGGAGACAACAAAGAUGUUGAUCUCAAAGGCAAAGUCUGUGUGACUGGAGCGUCUGGUUACCUUGCUUCUUGGCUUAUCAAACGACUGCUGCUAUCCGGGUAUCAAGUUAUAGGCACAGUUAGAGAUCCAGGAAAUUAUGAGAAAGUAGCUCAUUUAUGGAGACUGGAAGGAGCCAAGGAAAAUUUGAAAUUGGUGAAGGCUGAUUUAAUGACGGAGAAUAGCUUUGACGCUGCCAUCAGUGGUUGUGAGGGUGUCUUCCAUACUGCCUCUCCUGUCUUGGGAACUAGAGCCGAUCCACAGACUGAGAUUCUAGAUCCAGCAAUUCAGGGCACACUGAAUGUGUUAAGAUCAUGUAAGAAGAACCCUUCCGUUAGACGAGUCAUUCUCACAUCAUCAUCUUCGACCGUAAGAGUGAGAGACGAUUUUGAUCCACUGAUUCCUCUCGACGAGUCUUCUUGGAGCUCUGAGGAACUUUGCAGAAGCCUACAGAUCUGGUAUCCAUUAUCGAAAACUCUGGCUGAAAAGGCAGCAUGGGAAUACUGUAAAGAAAAUGGUAUCAGCUUAGCAACAAUCCUUCCUUCCUUCGUCAUUGGCCCGAGUCUCCCACGAGAGAUAUGUUCUACUCUAUCUGAUGUUAUUGGUCUACUUAAAGGUGAAACCGAGAGAUUUCAGUGGCACGGAAGAAUGGGUUAUGUUCAUAUCGAUGAUGUAGCGCUUUGCCAUAUCCUUGCAUAUGAAAAUGCGGACGCAAGUGGGAGAUAUAUUUGUAGCUCUGAUGUUAUUGACAACAAUGAGUUAGCAUCCUUUCUCUCCAGUCGCUAUCCCACUUUAACUGUACCAAAGAGGUUUGAGCAGCUUGACAGACCAAGUUAUGAGUUGAAUACAUCCAAGAUGAGGAGUUUGGGAAUCAAAUUCAAAGGACUAGAAGAAAUGUUUGAUGACUGCAUUGCUUCACUUAAAGAACAAGGCCAUCUUUGAUCUUGUUUUCUACUCUUUGGCCACUAAUAAGUUGUUUUUCUCUCGAAUUAUUGCACAAAUAAGGAUGACUACUUCUAAAGUCACUUGUUUUAACUCAAGUAAACAUUUGGAGUUACAACUGUAGACCAUAAAAGUUGAACUAAUUAUGAGUCUCAACCACAUGGUUGUACUGUACACUUUUGCUUAGUUGUGGGGGAAACGGCCAAAGUCCAUUAGCUAUUCUUUUUCUGAAUUCUAGACAAGGGAAAAGAAAAAGUGGGAAUGAA